AUGUCGACUACUAGCCAUGUACUCCCUUUACCAAUCCCGUUCUUAGCUCUCAGAGCUGUUCAACUUGCAAUGGCGGUGGUCGUUCUUGGUUUGACCGCAUAUGGCUUGUCGUUCAAUUUUGUUGUCGACGCUCUUGCAUUGUCGCUCUUCACCGCCAUUGCAACAUUGAUCAUCACCAUAUAUAAUAUAGUAUCUUUCGUUGCUGUCAAAGCUGCUUACAAUUAUUGGGCUGUACUUGGACUUGAUAUCUUCGGACUUAUCUUCUGGCUUACCUCAAUGGGCUUGAUGGCCUCCUGGGUCUCAGGCUUCUCCGACGUUUACAACUACACCUGCUAUUACUACUGCUACAGAAAGCGCGAUAUCCUACCUCGAACAAUUUAUGCAGGCGAUGGCUACGUAGCGGCCAUGAAAGGCGCAGCUGGUGUUGCUGGACUUGAAGUUGCUCUAUUUAUUGCAAGCUUAGUUAUAACAGCAAUCUUUCUCCACAAGCAUCGCGCAGCUGGCGGACACUGCACACCUGCCCGGGCAAGCACUGUCGCUCCAACUACCGCUCCAACGGUCGGCGCCCCAAUGCCAGUCCAAUACCAAGAGAACAAACAAGAUAUCGAGCUCGGUCAACAACAACCCGCUCCAGUUUACCAACAGCCAAUUCCUCAGUACCCAUCUCCAAGUCCAACACCAGUUCAGUAUACUACUCCGCAGCAGCAGCAACCUCAACAACCUUACCCGGUUUACGAGGUUCCUACUUCGCAACAGCAGCAACAACAUUAA